AAAAGAAAAGAUACAAGGACAAGUUUUCAGAAACAAUCCUUAACUUCUCCAAACAUUAUGAAUCAGAGUAUCAGAAAAAGGUAAAAAGUAAAACAACAAUUACAACAAUCAUAAAAGAAGCUUUCAAAAAUUUAGAAAACAAUUCGUCGGUUUCAUUUCAACCACACUCAUCGAACCAUAAAACCUAAACUUUAUGUACUCGAUUUAUGAAGGGUACCUAAUCAGAAGAACAAGGUAUUUUUUCCCCUAUGCAUUCAAGCUUUAAGCAAUCACUUGGCUAUUACCUUUAUUCCAUAGGCUUUUGAAGAAACUAAUAGUAUGGUAUGAGCCUGGCCAAGAAUCUUUACAGAAAAAAGAUAAAAGAUAACUGUAAAAUAAGGCUAAGGGAGUUUUCAGCUGCUUUACUUCAUUCAAUAUGACUGAUCUUCCUGCAUGACAAAUACUACAGAGGUGCUUGCUCUAAACAGUUGUUUCAUGCCAUAUUCCUUGUAAUGAUCAAUUUUUUUAAAGGAAAAAAAAUAUGAAAAACAACCGUACAAAUCAGUGACAUUAUGCUCCUAUUUCACAAGCACCAACGUGGAUUUGACAGUACUGGAAAAAUAGUAGCUCUUGCUAUGCUGCUCGACCACAAUAAGGUACCAAAAGUUGUGUGUAAGGUAAGCAGUUCUUAUUCUUGUAAAAAACGAUCGGCAGUGAAGAAGAUACAUAUUUCUCAGAAGCCCCCAUUAAAACUAAAAAGUUACAAAUUUUGCUUGCAAUUUAAGUGUAUGUCGGGGAAGAUUGCUUCUUUGUUUUCUUUUAUAUGUGUGAUUUGGCUUUCUGAAUUUGUUAACUUUGAUCCCAGUUACAUAAUCUUCAGAACUUUGUUUUCUGUAUUUCACUCAUUUUGAAGCCUCACAAGCCUCCAAGCUAUCUCUACAGAAGGAAAAAUGCUGGAAAAAAGCUCAGAUUAUCUGUUUGGCUUGCCUACUUACUGGUUCCUAAAGUUGCGGUCAUCGUUCUGGGCAAGCUCAUGACAAUUGAUAUAGGCUAUACCGAGCGCAACACGCUGACCCAAAUUCAAGCAUUGUUGGCACCUUUGAUGUUGAUGCAGAUAGGAAGUGCAGAUACAAUCACAGCCUACUCAAUUGAAGACAAUGAUCUAGGAGUGAGACAAGUUUUCAGCAUGAUGAUGCAAGUGGUAAUUAUGUUUUACAUUCUUGGAAGGUCGUGGACAGAUUUCAAAAGCAACUCAGGCUUCACAUAUGCAGAUUUCUUCCAAUAUGACGAAGCAGUUAAGUUUUUAGAAAGACUAGAGGGAGGUAAUGAACUUCCAGAUGCAAAAUUGAUCUUGAGAGCUUAUUGUAGAUUUUGCUGGCUCAAACCUCAUCUUGAGAAUUGGCAUCCCUCUCCUACAUCGAAUGUUGAUCUCCAAAAACUAUCCAUUGAAGACUGUGAGUAUGAAGAGGUGUUCAGAAUUACAGAUUCUGAAUUGGGUUUCAUGUACGAUGUGCUCUACACUAAGGCACCCGUUGUAUAUCCAGGUUUAGUUCUUCGUUUUAUUAGCUUCAUCAGCUUGAUUACAACACUAUGUGGAUUUUCAGUGUUGUUCAAGGAUGGAUUUGUCUAUAAUAUUGGCGCUGGCAUGAUCCAUUAUGUGUUGAUAACAUGUGUGAUACUUGAGGUUUAUCAGAUCUUGAAACUACCAUUCUCAGAUUGGGCAAUAGUGCAGAUGAUACGGCACUAUGAAACCUUUCCCAUCCUUUGGCCUUUAUUGCGGUCUCUAGCCCCUACAUCAGCAACUUGGAUAAGGUGGUCUAACAAAAUGGGACAGUUCAAUCUUAUAGAUUUCUGCUUAUGCAAGAAUCAGAACUUUAGCAGAAUCAAAAUUCUUCGACAUUGGGGCUUGGAUAUGAAACUCCGAAAGCAAUUAAAUUUGGGACAAAUUGAAGUCCAUCCAAAAGUGAAAGAACUUGUGGUUAAGGAACUGAGAGAGGUAGAGAAGAUCAGAAAACAAGACAAAGACGAAUUCACUAAAGGAGGCGAAUGGACAAUCCAAAGGUACCAAAAAGAACUCGAACUCAAUGAAGGAAGCAGAUUGAUCCAACGACUCACAACAACUAUAACCAAGAGACCCUUUGAUAAAAACAUCGUCAUAUGGUUCAUCACAACAAAUAUUUUCAGUAACCACCCCGAUUAUGAGGACACUACUGAAGCUUCUCAAAUGGCUGCUAUCAUGCGUAUAUCAGAUUACAUGAUGUACCUUUUGGCUGUUCGUUCCCACGUGCUAUCCACAACAACUGCAGAUAUCUUAUUUCAAUAUUGCAGCAAGACGCUCCAAAUGUGGUUGACAAGGCAAAAAUAAGAGGUCUUGAAUGAUAUUUUGAGUUUACAUCAACAUCCC